GAGAACUGCGUGUUUCGGUGUUGUCAAGCAGGUCCGUAACUAAGUCAGUAACACCUCAUAACUUGCAACACAUUAGUACAAAUGUAUACUCGUAUUUACAUAAAAUCUAGUCAUCACAUUCAUCACACCAUAGACUAAAGCACAUCAGUACACGUGUACAUCCAUAUUGUAUUUUAUAUGUCUAUAUGGCGUAGGAUUUAGGCUUGAUAAACCGUGAUCGCCGACGUGAGGAUAUGCAUGUUAGAUAUAGGUCCAAAUUUGUGCAAAUACUAAUUAUUCGUUGGCUUGUAUGUUAUCAGAUAUAGGUAGAUUAUUCGUCUAUGUCUAUGCGACAAUACAUUGUUCACUGCAGGUACGAUCCACAGACCGAUACUCAAUAUGAACCGAUUAGUACCCAGACCUAUUAGGGUCUUAAAGUCGUGCACAUCUAUUGCGGCUGCAGAUAAAAGUGCAUUAGCACGAAGAUAUAUAUACUCACGCGCAGGUGUGAGAUCACAACCAUGCAAUGUGGCACACAAACAAGUACUACACGCUGGUAUGAAGAACACACUCAAUAUCAAAGUACCACGUGCAUUAAGGCGCACAUACACACAGGAAGCACCUCAUGAUGCGUCUAUACUUACAAAGUUAGGGGCAAGCGAGGGCCUACCUACCGGCUAUAUAGGAAUUCCGUUAAAUGACACGAUAGAGAAAGUGAGCGAAAAAUCAGGUGAUUCAAUCGUAGGAAGUAACCAGGGGAAGGAGGGUGGGGCAGAGAAUUCAGCCAAAUCAGAUACAGACAAGCCACCUAUGGAUAAACUGAAGGCGAGGAAUUCAAUCCUGAACUUCUUUAAGAAGAAAAGUGCUGAAGGGGGUCCAGCUAUGGAUUUCUUUAAAGGAUUGGAAGCAAGCAGGGU